UGCCGAUGUCUGCCUUGGCACAAGUUGGAAAACUGGCGGCGGGCAUGUGUUGGACAUGCUGCAAUUGUGGCACAGUAGUCAAUCCAACAGUAUGACGAUGCACCCCGCAAGAUCCCCUUCCUCGGCUGCCAUCUCGGGAGUUCGGCGUGCCCCGCACGGCUACCAUUAAAACAACGCCGGGACUACCGGCCUUUGAAGAGGACGAUCAUCUCUUUCAAUUAUGGAUCCGUAGCAGAAUAGCUCGUCCCAAAAGCCCAAAAGCCAUGCACAUCAACCUCAUACUCGGCGCCCUCCUCACCGCCCUCCUCGCCCACCUCCUCCGCGCCCUCUACGCGGCCCUCACCUCCCCACUCCGGCACAUCCCGGGCCCGCCCGCCGCCCGCCUCACCCGGCUAUGGUACCUCUGGCGCGUGCGCGGGGCCCGAUUCGAGCACGACAACGUGGCCCUGCACCGGCAGCACGGGCCCCUGGUGCGCCUGGCCCCGGACCACUACAGCCUCGACGACCCGGCCGCCGUGCGGGCCGUGUACGGCUUCGGCGCCGGCGGCGCCUUCGCAAAGUCGGACUGGUACUACGGGUGGCAGCACCCGGACCCGGACCGCUGGACGCUGUUCCCGGACCGCGACGUCCGCCGCCACGCCGAGACGCGCCGCCGCUUCCAGGCGCUGUACAGCAUGUCGGGCGUGGUGGCGUACGAGCCGUUCGUCGACGCGUGCGGGGACCUGCUGGUGCGCCGGCUGGGGGAGGUGGCGGGGGAGGGGUUCGGCGGUGGAGUGGUUGAUAUGGCGCAUUGGUUCCAGUGCUACGCUUUCGACGUCGUUGCUUGCAUCACGUACGGCCGCCGGCUCGGCUUCCUUGACCGCGGGGAGGACGUGGACGGCGUAAUCGCGGCCCUGGAUAGGACGUUUGUGUACGGCUCCCUGAUCGGCAUAUACCCGCGCCUGCACCCGCUGGCCUUCCGGCUCUCGGCGAGGUUCUCGUGGUCCGGCGCCAGGGGGAGGUUGAAGAUCAUGGAGUUUGUGCAGAGGCAGAUUGCCCGGCGGCGAGGGGAGCGCGAGGAGAGGAAGCGGGGUGGGAAGGGGGAAGGUGUCGUUGGGAGAGAGGGCUUGCCGGAGGACUUCUUGGAUAAGAUGAUGGACCAGAACGAGGAGAAUCCGGAGAAGGUCACGGAGUACCACGUCUUCAUGAUGGGGCUGAGCAACGUCAUCGCCGGUUCUGACACCACGGCUGCGAGCCUUUCCGCCAUCCUCUACUACCUGCUCAAAUACCCGCGGACCCUCACCAAGCUGAAGGACGAGAUAUCCGUGUUCACGGCCCAGGGCAAGCUCUCAGACAGAGUCACGUUCAGCGAGAGCCAAAAGAUGCCGUACUUCCAGGCCGUGAUGAAGGAGGCCCUCCGGAUGCACGCCGCCACGGGCCUACCACUUUGGAGAGUGGUGCCCGAGGGGGGCGCGCACAUCUCGGGGCAGUUCUUCCCAGCAGGGUCGGUGGUGGGGAUCAACACGUGGUCGGCGCACUACAACAGGGACGUGUUUGGGGCCGAUGCCGAUGGGUUUCGGCCGGAACGGUGGAUAGAGGCGGAGGAGGCGGCUGAGGCUGGGAAUAAGGAUAUGCUGAGACGGAUGGAUGCUUACUAUAUGCCGUUCGGGCUGGGGUCGAGAACGUGCAUUGGGAGGCAUAUCAGCACCCUGGAAAUGUCCAAGAUCAUACCUAGAUUGCUGAGGGAAUUCGACUUUGAGCUGGAGCGGCCAGAGUGGAAAACCGAAAACUUCUGGUUCGUCAAGCCGAAGGACUUCAUUGUCAGGGUGCGCCGAGCUGGAGCCCAGUAAUGGAGGGGAGUUUCGACAUGGACUCUAGGCGCUAGAAAUACGAUGGAUUCGCAUCAUUAAAGACAAACAUGCCUCAGCUCCUAGUCAGCGUUUGCUAAAGACUUCAAAGCUGUUGCUCACUGUCUUCCCAGU